AUGGUCUUUACCAAAGUGAUUAUUGCCGGAAGUACUGGCUACAUUGCAGACCCUGCAAUCCAAGCUAUCUUAGCUUCUACAGAUCCCGUAUUCGACGUUACUAUCUUGACUCGAGCCGAGAGCAGAAAGUCAACCAACGCGCCAGGUGCAAAGCUUGUGCCGAUCGACUAUUACGACCAUCAGGCUCUUGUUCGUGCUGUGUCAGGAGCCGAUGCAAUUCUCUCAUUCAUCUCCGGCGCUCAAGCCAAAGCCGUCGAUCGGCUAUUGCUGAAAGCCGCACAAGAGGCCGGUGUCCGACGUAUUUUCCCCUCCGAAUACACCCUGGACAUUCUUCAUCCUAAGGCGAUUCCAGCUUUCACUGAAGGUGGUAAUUGGCCUGAAGAGACCUCGCCGGUGGUCACUGCUCGCAAAUUCAUGGAUCUCGCCAACGAAGGGGGACCGACAAGCUUCACGACAAUUAUUCCAGCCGCCUUUAUGGACGGGUGGCUGGCAGGGGAAUUUGGCUCCAUCGAUCUCAAGAAUCGCAAGGUUACCGCUGUUGAUAGUGGUGAUCAUUACUUCUCUGGAUGUACGCUUCCCUAUCUUGCGGCGGCCAUCGUGGCCGUCUUGAAAAUGGAUGAGGAGAAGACCAAAAACAAGCGGAUUCCGAUUACGGAACUUCGGGUUACUAUGAACCAAAUUGCGGAUACCUUCGAGGAGGUCACUGGUGACAAGUUUGAGAGAGGUCUGGUUAUAUCAAAGGAACUGUUUGAUCAACGAGAUACAAAUCUGAAGGCUGGGAACGCUUUCGUUGCUCUUUUCACCAUGGUUCAUAUGUUGGCUUUCAACGGAAGUGGUGCGGCUGAUAUGAAAGACGGUUUGAAGUUUGAUGGUGAUGGCUUUUUGAAUUUGCGGAAGAAGACUCUUAAGGAGCUAUGUGUGGUGGCCGUGGAGAAGGUCGGGACUGCAUAA